CGCCCAUUUACGACGGCAAAGCGUGAGUAUUGUUGGGAGUCAGAGGCGACGGACACGACGAGGCGGCCGACGCCUGGGCCGGCAGCGAUGGGCCUGCAGUAGCGGCCCAACACUCCAUCGAAGGGGCUUCUGGACUACCCCCAAAUAAUCGCCGUCUACAACAAUAACGAUGACCGUGGUGAACGAAUGGGUGUCGGGAACCAAAUUCGGCGGAUGGGUGCAAAGAUGCCGGGAGUCGCGCCGCCUCGUAUUGGUCAUCGUCGCCAUCGCCCUCCUUUUGGACAACAUGCUUCUAACAACAGUUGUUCCUAUUAUACCGGAAUUUUUGUACGACAUAAAUCACCCAGAAGCACCACUAGGACCUACAAAGGUGGUGACCACCACCACAGCAGCUACUUACCCUCCUUGUCCUUGUGAGGUCUACAAUCAAAAUUUUUCAACCUUACCACCUACAAGCACAGAAAAUUAUAAUUACACAACGUUAGAUCCCGAGGACGAGGAGAGAAAAAUGAGGCAUAACGAUUUGGUGCAGGAAACCGUUCAGGUGGGGAUAAUGUUUGCUUCGAAGGCAUUUGUGCAGUUAUUGGCUAAUCCUUUCGUGGGUCCUUUAACGCACAAAAUUGGCUACAGUGUCCCCAUGUUCGCCGGUUUUGUCAUAAUGUUUUUAUCUACAAUAAUUUUCGCGUUCGGUAGAAGCUAUAGCGUAUUAUUCAUAGCGCGAGCCCUACAGGGUGUCGGCUCGUCUUGCUCCAGCGUCUCCGGCAUGGGGAUGCUUGCAGAGAGGUACCCGGAUGAUAAGGAAAGAGGAAACGCCAUGGGUAUAGCGCUGGGUGGACUGGCUUUGGGUGUUCUCAUCGGACCGCCUUUUGGUGGUGUCAUGUACGAAUUUGUUGGAAAAUCGGCGCCUUUUCUGAUACUUUCCGCUCUGGCUCUUGGCGAUGGACUGCUGCAGCUUCUAAUGUUGCAACCGACUGUAAUCAGACAGGAAUCAGAGCCUCCGUCGCUGAAAGCUUUAGUUUGUGAUCCGUACAUAAUUAUAGCAGCAGGUGCUAUUACAUUCGCUAAUAUGGGCAUCGCCAUGCUAGAGCCGUCCUUGCCGAUUUGGAUGAUGGACACGAUGGGAGCAGGAAGAUGGAAGCAGGGCGUUACGUUCCUUCCUGCAAGCAUAUCAUACUUGAUAGGCACGAAUUUGUUCGGGCCUUUGGGACACAAAAUGGGCAGAUGGUUGGCCGCUUUGUUAGGAUUGAUUGUUAUAGGUGUAUGUUUGAUGUUGAUACCUUUAGCGAAAAGCAUGAACCAUUUGAUUGUUCCGAAUGCUGGUCUUGGUUUCGCAAUUGGCAUGGUCGACAGUUCCAUGAUGCCGGAAUUGGGUUACUUGGUGGACAUUAGGCACACUGCUGUCUAUGGGAGCGUUUAUGCCAUUGGUGAUGUCGCCUUCUGCUUAGGAUUCGCCAUUGGACCAGCACUUAGUGGAACUCUGGUUAAAAAUAUAGGCUUCGAAUGGAUGUUGUUCGGCAUAGCCAUUCUGAAUUUCUUGUACGCUCCAUUACUUUACUGCUUAAAGAGCCCACCAACGAAAGAGGAGAAACGGACGUUGCUAACGGAGGAUAAAUCAUCGUCGGUGAGAUAUGUGACGUACCAGAACGAAGAAGACGACGAGUAGUGGGCACAAAUUUUAACAUAUAAAGAGUAGAUACUUGUAAAAAAAAAAGAUGAAAUCUUGAAAUUUAUCACAUAUAUACAGUUAGUGUUGUAUGUACAAAUAAUAACAUUAUUAAGAAAUUGAGAAUGAUAUGUUAAUCGUUCAGCACAUAUUUACGGUUAGUUUUAUGUUUUUAGUCGUUUUAGAUUGUGUUUUCUGCAUAUUUGAUAGGAGUACGAGAAAAUUUUGUCGAAAUUCACCCAUAAGGGUCCCUGUAUUGGGUUAUCGUGAAUGGCUGCACGUAACCCUUUCCCGUAGAGGAAUCCGGGAGCAGGGCAAUAAGACGCCCUUAACUAUUCGGAAUUAAAUUAAACUUGUAUUGAAAUUGGAAAUGUCCUCCUAUCCAGCCCGAAAAAUGAUUGCCAAGUACCUUAAAACAUAUUAUAUCCAAAAAUAAAUGUCUAUAUACUUAACUAUUAAUAUUUAGAGAAAUUUAGACGUAAAACAAUAUCA